AUGUCUUUUGAUUUAGGCUUCGACUAUGAAGCGGAAUCUGAGAAAAAUGUAGCGCUAAUAACAGAGGACAUGGCUAGCCGAAAAAUGAGUCUUGACGAUACGACCAACCAUACAUCAAACAGAUAUGGCGAGAAUUUGGCGAAGCUACGCGGAUACAGAAGAGAUCACUCUGGUCCCGAUAGACCUGACUUUAGUACAAUAUAUGCCAGAGAGCUUUUACCACAAGGUUCCAGCGAACUGACUGGAAAGUUCCUAAAAGAAGUUGUCGAUCAGUUAAUUGAGUACAUCAAACAAGAACAGAUUCCUGAAACAAAGGUACUCGAUUUUCACCAGCCACAUGAACUCAGAGAAAAACUGCAGCUGGAUAUUACAGAUAAACCAGUAACACUGGAACAGCUACUGACAGACUGCCAGGAAACAUUAAUGUACUGUGUUAAAACAGGCCAUCCUCGUUUCUUUAAUCAAUUAUCAAGUGGCUUAGAUAUCGUGUCGUUGGCGGGUGAAUGGUUAACGGCAGCUGUCAACACUAACAUAUUUACUUACGAAAUAGCACCUGUGUUUACGCUAAUGGAACGGGUCAUUUUAAAGAAAAUGAGAGAUUUAAUCGGUUUUGAAGAUGGUGAUGGAAUAUUUGCUCCAGGUGGUGCUAUCUCUAAUUUAUAUGCCGUGAACGCAGCUCGCCAUAAACUAGCACCUGACUGUAAAACCAAAGGAAUGCAGUCUGUUUCACGACUAGUUAUGUUUGCAUCAGAACACAGUCAUUACUCAUUACGAGGAGCUGCGGCGGUACUGGGUAUCGGAACAGAUAACGUGAUUCCCGUACGUUGUGAUCAAAGGGGUAAAAUGAUGCCAUCGGAUCUUGAAAGCAAAGUACAACAAACCAAAGCUCGAGGAGACACGCCUUUCUUUGUGAGUGCAACUGCCGGAACAACUGUAUUAGGCGCAUUCGAUCCGCUUAACGCAAUAGCCGAUAUAUGCGAUCAGUACAAUAUAUGGAUGCACGUUGACGCUGCAUGGGGCGGAGGAGCUCUUCUUUCAAAGAAACACAGAUCUCUACUUGAAGGAGUUCACAGGGCGGACUCAGUUACAUGGAAUCCACACAAACUUAUGGGAGCUCUACUUCAGUGUUCUGCACUCCUGUUAAAACACGAUGGUAUUCUUGAAAGCUGCAACGAGUUGAAGGCGAGGUAUUUGUUCCAACAGGAUAAAAACUACGAUUUGUCAUAUGACACCGGCGACAAAGCAAUACAAUGUGGUCGGCAUGUUGACGUGUUCAAAUUAUGGCUGAUGUGGAAAGGAAAGGGAAGCAUCGGAUUAGAAACCCAGAUCAAUUUAGUGUACGACCUUGCAAAAUAUUUCUACGAGAAAAUCAGAGAUAGGGAAGGAUUUGAAAUGGUAUUGGAAGAGCCCGAGUUUACAAAUAUUUGUUUCUGGUACGUCCCCCCACGGAUGCGAUUGAUGAAGGAUGCAGCAGAGAAGAAGCAGCGGCUGAAUCAAGUUGCUCCAAUAAUCAAAGCUCGUAUGAUGGAGUGUGGUAGCACAAUGGUUGGGUACCAACCGCUAGAUGAUAAAGUUAACUUUUUUCGCUUAGUUGUGUCGAACGCUGCUGUCCGACGAUCUGAUCUUGAUUUUCUUAUCCAAGAAAUUGAACGACUGGGGAAGGACAUAUGAUCGUCUGAUGUCAUGAAAUAACUCCUGCAUACACUAACAGUUAACACUGGCGCAGGUCUACGCCAUUAUGCUCCUAUAAUUAGCCACCAUAUAUCCAUCUGCGCGUACAGUUUCUCAUAAAUGUGGUUGAACAUGUGUCAAAUAAUCAAUUGCCAUAGUAGAUGCAUAUUACGUCAGAUGUUAACUAAUAAAUAAUUAUUUCAUUUGCUCAUUUAUUUAUUAAAAAUACAAUGACUCGCCAAAUCCCACUGAAAUAUAAAACAGCAAUACUGUUUGUUGGACAUUUUCAUAGAACUGCUUUUACUAUAGUACUGAAUGUACAUUAUCUGUCGGUAUAGUCUGCUGCAAGACAAUAUGAGACAAAAUGUAAUUAUUCUCAUCACGUAGCACAUUGAUCAUUAAAUUCGACCCCCAUUUAUGAUGCCCACAGGUGUUGAAAUCAGUUUCUAUUCACCGUAUCACACUCAGAUAGUGAAUACAAAAAAUCAGUUUAACCAAUGCUACUACCAGGAAUGAGCACAAUACCUAAGAUACAUCAUGUCAAUUAGGUGAUCAUUAAUGACGCGACACAAAUACUUCAUUUAAACUCGGCGUGCAUCGCUAAAAAGUUCCUUGCAAACCGAUCCACAAAUGUAUGUUUUUUACAUGCCUUAUAACAACCGCAGUAUGUCAUUUAUAGUUGAUAUUGCCAAAUGAUUCCACGAUAAGAAACUAACAGGACAAUAGCCACAAGAUUACGUAUAGUUUUUGUUUAUAGCGAUACUGAAAUAGUGCAAUAAAGAUACAAGUAAAAUAUUAUUGAAGUAAUCACAUGUUACAACUGUCAGAAAGCAAUACUUGAAUGUAUAUAUCUAUAUAUAAAUUUAUGAAAACCCAAUUGAAAAACGUAGUGUGUAUGAAAUGUAUGUACAUGUAUUUCAGGUGAAAUUAACUCGCAACAUUUACAUGUAAGAAACCGGGACAUUUUAAAUUCCUCGCUUUUUAUAAACAAGAUUUAUUGGGUGUAUAGAAUUUUCUGCUUGAUUGGGUGUAUUAAAGCUUAGUACAUGCUUUGUCGACUCGUAAGAGACAAAGUUAGUCAUAUGUUACAUGAAAUUGAACAUGGUGUGUUUGCGUUCAAACGUGAAGCUAUAUAUUCAUGCUAACAUGAAACAGCAUUCGUUCGAGUGCUACAAGUUUAGUAUUUCGAGAGACCUGGCUAAAUAUUAUUUAAAAAAAUUGGGGCGAUUGCAUCGAGCACACUGUUAAAACAAAAUGAAAUUUGUUCCUCUUAUGCUAGCAGCGCACAAUUAUAGAGAUGGCAUAAUAUCUCCAGGUACUGUUACUCACGAAAUGGCGACCAUUCAUUAAAAUAGAAACAUAAUCUUUGUUUGGAAAACUACGCCGGUGACCUCCUGUUUAAGUCCAGGAGCACAAUUUCUUAAAAAUAAAUUCCGUGUAUUUUUAUCAAUGUGCGGGUGGGGAUCCUAAAUAAUUUGUUAAUAUAGUGAGGACUUCUAAGUACAUUUAGUUUCUUUGGAAAAUAAUAACAUCUAUAUAUUUGUGCUCAUGUGUGAAGGCGACAAUGAUAACCACUACAUAUAAUAUCUUACUCGAGUAUCGAGUCGAAAACUUAAUAUCAGCCGGAUACGUUUUAUGAAGGAACAGACUUGUCAGUUUGAGCUCAGUCUGUCAAUCUGCUACGGCGUAUACGACCAUCUAAUCAGCGUUGUUUUGUUGCAUUUCAGGAAAUGAAUGAAUUUAAUGAAAAUUGAAUGAAUAUAAUGUGAAAAGAAUGUUGAACUGAUAUGAUAGGUCACGCUUUUCUGAUUCGUAUACCUGUACAAUAUCUAUAAUUAAGCAUGGAUAUGACACGUUAAUUUCGGUUUUUUAGUUGUUUGUAAUAAUAAAAAAAUGAAAUGCUGCAAAUUUGUUUUACUUUAAUAUCUUCAAAUCUGUAUGUUUUUAAGUAAUUCAACCUGGUUAUUCUUCUUCACUGUAGAAGUAUAACUGAAAACGUAAAUUUGAUUUUAACAGAGUGCCCUUUUUACCACUCCCAUGAUGUUACGUCCUCAUUAAAAGACGCAUUGGAGACUGCGUAACUCACAUUAGUGCAAUUACGAGAGUACGCCAUAUACGACAGCAAAGGUCAUCCGACUGCGAUGACGCACCCGAUCACAAACUAACGGUCAGUCAAAUUGCAUGUCUGAUACUUCACAUAGGCUGACAUGCUAAUGAGAAUCCAUAGUCGAAUAGUCUGGUUAGAUCCCAGUUUGCAAUAAAUUUAACCUCUAUUGAAAAUAGCAUCUAAUCAAACACUAUAAUUAGGAAAGCAUUGUUAGACCCGAAUACCGAUAAAUAUAAUCAGUGCGACAUUGUGAGCACAAAAUGACAACGUACACUCACACUACAUGUCUUUCCAAUUUGAAUUGUAAAUACAGCCAGAUAUUCAUUGUAAAAACGUUAUUUUUGUAAUCAUUACAAUAUCUAGAAAUGUCUAAUGGAAUGAAGACCCAUGCGUGUUGUGUUAUAUGUACAAACUGUUAAUCUAAACAUAUAAUUUACAUGAUGCUGAAUGUUGAAAUAUGAAAUAAAAUGAAAUGUACAAGUCUAAA